AUGAGUACUUUUGAAGAUUGGGGCUGUCGCGCAGAGUAUUCUGCAAAUUCGAUUCCUCCACAUUCACCUCUUAGUGGACCUCAUCCUAAAAAACAAAUGGCCUCUCUUUCCCAUCAAGUCAUCAGUCCGAAUCGUUGUAACGUGGAACUCGACCAGAAAAACUCCGAGCUUGUUGAAGUACCAUUAACGUCGGACGAAGAAAAUGAAAGUUUGGUUGAUCUACGAGAACAACGCUUAAACCCAUACGAAGCUAUUUGCCUUUCAGCGGACCAGAAUAUAUUUCCAACUAAUUGGAAUAACCAUUUCCCCGGUCUAAAUGAGGUGCUUCCCCCGUUUCGGCCAAGUAGCUCAGAAAAUUCACCUUCGCCAAUCCGAUCUCAGCCAUCCAUCAACGUGACCGGCGAAUUAAAUAAGAAGUUCUACGGACAAGGCAGUUCUUUGUCGUCAAAUUCUGAUGCGGAGUCGCUUUCACCAGUAGUUUUAACCAGUCCUGGUUGUCUGCCGCACAAUGCACGGGCACGCUCGCCCAGUUUUACUGAAUCAUGUGAUGAUCUCAAGUUCAACGAGAAGCUCGCUACUGAGCUAAGGGACCAGUGCAGUCUACUUAGUCCAUCGGUUGUUCGCGCCAUCACUUCUGAUAUUGAGGACAUUAAGAGAUCUCUCACUGGACCUAUCACACUUCCAGACCUUCUGCCUGUAGCAGGACAAGGGGGAUGUCGAGACAACGGAGCACCUUAAAAUGCAUCGCAUCACCGCUUGGAACCGAAAAAGGCGGACCAACCGAAGCAAGUCGAGCUGAACACUCAGGAGUGGAUGUUCCCAACUCAUGUUGAUACAGUUUACAGUAGUAGCAGCAGCAGCAGUCUCAGUAGCGCAGGUUGUGGCGAGAGUGGCGAACCUAAUGACGGCGGUGCUGGCGGCUGUGCUAGUAGCAGUGUCAGUAGU